AUGGCCAAGGCCUGUGCGGUUGCCGGGAGGCCCGCCAUCCUCGAGCGCAUCACCCAAUGGGAAGGUGUGGUCAAUACCCUGAAGGCAGCCAUUGCGGUGGCGACCUGGGACGACCCACAGGUGCUCUUGCGAGAGAUGGAAGGAUGCCGCCUACCCCUGGCGAAUAUCGUCGAGCCGAUGCUGGGUGGUGGCAAUGCUGAAGGGGCAUACGACACGCUCGCGGAGGUCUACAAGAACACGCCCGAUGGGUUUUUGGCAUUGUGCCCCUACCCGCCGGGAGGCGAGGUCGACCUGCUGAUCGUAUCAGACUCAUCACUUGCUCUGGUACCUGACCCCAACGCAGGGAAGGCUUCGUGUUUUUCCGGAGGCGAUCUUUUGAAGCCCUGGGGAGACAUCCGCGGCAUUUAUACCAAAAUGUUGUGGGGCAAAGGUUUGAACCAUAUGGUCCAGUAUAUCCCCGAGGCCAUCGAUGACAUCGAGUCCACCAAUCGUGCACAUGGUCGCCCGGUCUUGCCGGUGUUGGUCAUCGUGGGGUGGGCCGGAAAUGAUGUGUUUGGCGAAGGGGGUUACAGAGGAGUCCAUUGGAUCCACAGGGCUGCAUACAACAAGUCUGCUGCCGACCGGGAGGUCACGGCCAACUGGUGUGAACGGCAAAAGGCGAGAGUCGAGCGGUCCGUCGAAGAACUGGGCCAGCUCAAACGUGAUGAGCCCCGGAUCCUGGACAUCGUGGUCGUUGGGAAUGCUGACGCGGAAAUUUUUGCUCUCCCGUCGGCCUACAAUGAGACCAUGCGUGUCCACAUCAGGACACUGCGAGAGGACCAUGGUAUUCAAACUUUGGACACCACCUUGAUGCUUGCCAGAACUGUGAGAUAUGACAAGGUGCAUUUGGAAGACGACGUCAUCAACCGGAAGUAUGUCACCAACUUCCUCCAGGCCGUCGCUGAUUGCCACCUUGCCUACCUCAAGCUCAUCAGCGUCGACGAUCACUUGAGAACGCUCCCAAGAAUCGACGAUCUCCAGGAGCAGAAGAACUACCCGAACCUCACCAUCCUCAAGGCCGCGUACCAGCUUGAAAUCGAUUCGAAUGUAUCCUCCCCAAAAGAUCUUCCUCAGCGACCUGAUCCUGAGAAGCUCAUGUUGGAUGCAGAUGUCGAGAUUUUCAACUGGGUGCUUCAAGCUGAGGAGAGCGCCACAGCCUCUGCCGACCGGGAGGUCGAGUCCUGGAUGCGAGACAUUCCUGAAGAGGACCAGGCAUUGGAACCCAUGCACAAUGACAACGCUGAUUCGGACGAUGAGGCUGUCAAAGUUAAGGCCCUCACCAUGGAUGAUCGAAUUUUGGCGAGGCGAAAAGGCCUAUCAGAGGAGCACGACCAAGAAUGGCAAGAUGCCACCUAUGCGGCCGAGGAUGAAGACGAGGACUUCAAAGGGUGGGACCUCAUUGAGGAUGACAAACGCCCGCCGGGAGUCGUGGCCAGUGACCCAGUACAUGAAGAGGAAAAGGAGCUAGACCUUGACGACCUCGAGACGGUGGCUUCGGUGGAGAUUGUCGAUGAAGAGGAGUUCCACGACGCUGAGGAGGGGCAGGCCGAGCCGAUCGAUGAUGAUGACGAUGACGACAUGGCCGUGAUCGACAAGGUCUCUUCUAUGCAGGCCUCGAAGUCUGAUGCACGGGGGGACCCGGAGCCCAUGGAUGUUGAUGAUCAGGGCAACAAGACGGUCCGGAGUACGGCAUCAGCGAAGACCUGGAAGACGGAGAUGGCCCAGAGCUCGUCAUCGGCAAAGACGUGGAAAACUGAGAUGGCUCAGAGCACCUCAUCUGCAAAGACAUGGCGAACGGACACCACUGCAGCUGCGUCGGCGGGAGCCACGCCUUCUGACCCGACUUCCAAGCUCAAGCCCAAGAAGAAGGCCAUGCCGAAGAGAUUGAAGGUUGUGGAUGAGGGACAUGGGCCAAGUGCUGAGCAGUUUGACACGUCGAAAUUUGCCACAGCACAGGAUCUGGUUUGGAUUGAGCCGGACAACAUGGCAGGAGUUCCUGUGCGAAAGGUGGACUACGGAAGGCUUGGAUCAAUUUCCCAUGCUAUGUCCGACUACCUCCGUGGCCAUCGAUUGUUUCACAGGAGGCCAUCACCUGAGAUUUGGAGGACUGAUUUGUCAAUGGACUUCAAGGCAUUGGUGAGGCAUCUCCAAGUGGAUUUUGCGCACCUUCGAGAAGAAGAAGUUUUGAUGGUCGUGCGCAACUCUCCGAUGCGUCGCUUCAGAGUCCAGGUGAACGGCUUGUCGUCCGGAAAGCUCAGGUGGACGCCAGUGAGGAUCAGGGCCAUUCAGGGCCAUCGGGCCUUUCUCGUGGAGCAAGGGGGGAUGUCAAGCAUGAUCAAAACGAUGUUCACUUUUGAUGAGAACUUCGACCAGACCAAGAUUGACGACCCAUCGGUCCACCCCGCUUUCUCCGCGAUGCCGGAAGGCUCGCCUGUGUGGCACAAGUUCCCCAGAGUGGUGUAUCACACCUGUGACCAAGCCGCCUUCAAUUCCAUCAUCAAGCACGGCCUGAUCCCUGGCGGAUUCCCGUACAAAACGGGCAGAGCCCACAACUUUUUCAACUCCACUCCGCCCUGGAAAGCGGAAAUGAAAAAGUUGCAAGGUACGCGGGCCGGGAGGCCAAUCGCCAUCGCGUUCGACAUGGAGCUCAUGAUGCAAAUGGGCUACAAACUUUUCGCGACUGACGAGGCCAUCCUGUCGCCAGAUUGGAUCUCGAACCAGCCGAUGAUCAACGCCUUUGAUAUGCGUUCGGGCGAAUUUUUCUAUAUCAACAGGGCUUAUGUCAACCAUCGGAAGGCUUACCAGGAAGUCCUCAAGCAGGCCAAGGCCGAGUUUGAUCCGUCGGAUGUUCUCAUGAGCCGCAUGGAGAUGUUGAUGGAAAAUGCCCAGUUGAACUUUGAAGGCAUCAAAGAGCGCAUUGAGUUUGGCAAGCUCCUCCCCUUUUCCAGGCGUGAAGACAUUGAGGUCGAAAAGAGCACUGCCACCCGGGAGGGUGAGCCGGCAUCAGGUUCUCAGCUGGUGUCCGGCUACACCGUUGGAAAGAUGGCCGCCAUGACAAGCACGGAUGCAUGUGGCUUCCAACGUCGUGGACGGAAUGGACCCGGUGGUGGAAAUUGGAACCGAGGGCAAGGUCGACACGGAUUUGAGUUGCAAUUCAAGGACAUCUCCUACAACCAGAUCCAAGACACGCCUCAGGUGCGCUGUAGCCAUCCGAUCUGCGGAUAUCUGAUGAUGGAUGGGCAUUUGAAAUGCCCGCGCUGCUUCCGGCAGAUGGAACCCGUGACCGAUGCCAACAUCGCCACGGAAGUUGCCCGCCGGGAGGCGAUGGCCCGUACCAGAGGAGUGCCCUUUUCCAUGGACAAGGUGAUCUUCAACCACCCGCGAAGAGGCAGAGUAGCCAGGCAGCCGGAGAAGGGAUCAUCGUCUUCUUCGACAGCCGUCCGGACCAGAAGCACCUAUGGCAACUUGAGAGACAUGGCCAAAAACUACGUCAGAUCUUUCAAGAAAAGGGGCUUCAAGGACCUUGUUGACCGACUCGUCCGCGACCCGUUCUUUCAGUUCAAUGCGGCGAAUCAAAACUUGGUGCCGGAGGCCUUGCUCUUCAUUGAGCGUUUGGCUGGCUGCGUGAGCCCGACCAUUGAGCGCACCAAAGCUCAGGUUCUUGGCGAAAAGCUUGAGAUGGCCACCAAGUUGAUCUUUGUGCCAUCGUCGGAGCGGGAGCCCGACCAACCCUUGGAUCUUCACACCGAGGUGUUUGUGUCGCAUCGGGGCAAAGGCCUCUACCCAUUGUUUAUGGAUGGGGCAAUCUUUGUGCCUGAUGCUUCAGAUGCCAAGGAGAUCGCGAAGGAAUUGGCGGAGUUCAGCAAGCUGCAAUGGUCGAACUUUGCCUCCCAACAGACGCACAAGGAGUCUGAAACCACCGGCGACGACCGGGAGGUCAGUCUUCCUCAUGCAAGUGCAGCCAUCAGCCGACCUGAACAUGAACGACCCCAUCACGAGCAAUUUGAGCCAAAUCUUGGCAAGCCUGCUCGCGGCGGUCCUUACGGCCAAGGCGGUGGUGGAAAAGGUCAUCACAAAGGUGGAGGACAGACCAAAGGAAAGGGACAGCAGAAGGGGAAGGGCAAGCAAGGCAGAAGCCCACCGGGAGGUGUGGCCUACGGUGACUUUGAAGGAGAUUCCUACUGGGUUCAGGGCUACCGCUACACGUGGUACUGGAAUCAACAGCGAG